AUGUCUGAUUUGCUGGACGUUGAUGACAUUACCAUGGGUGAAUACAUGGAGGAAUUGGAUGUCGAAUGGCCUUGUUCGGAAAAUGGUCCUUCUGAACGAAAGCCUUCUUGGUUUUGGCUUCGUGAAGUAACUUCGCAAGAUGCAGAAAAUGGGAUGGAUGUGCAAGGAAUUACGUGGGAUUCCUUCAACGUUACUCGUCAGCGGUAUCGUGAAUUACGGCUCAUAGACUAUAAAAAUUAUGAGAAUGUUCAAAGAUCGCAUGACGAAAUCAAGAAGGAAAUUAAACCUGUUCAAACAGAUUCCCAAUUUUACAAGUUCAAAUAUACCACGCUUUCACAUAAAUGUACAAUUGUACAUUUCCAAUUACGGAAUCUAUUAUGGGCAACCGGAAGAAAUGACGUGUUUUACACAUAUUCUUCACGUAUUGGAUACUGGAAUUCAAUAAUGAAAAAAUCCAAAGUAGCAUUAGAUCUGAAUUACAAUAAUC